CAAAAACAAACACAUAAAUCAAACUUUCAAACAAAGAAAAUUAGCAAAGACAUAAACAAAUGGAAUGGUUCUUAAUUUUCUUGUUCCUAAGCUUUCUCUUUGUCAUUUUACUUUCACUUCAAACCCUUUUUUACAGACAAAAAACUAUCAUUUCCUCCACAAACCUUCCUCCUGGAAAAUCCGGAUGGCCUUUCCUAGGUGAAACCGUUGACUUUUUAUCAACGGGAUGGAAAGGUCAUCCAGAGCAAUUUGUCAACGACAGAAUGAUCAAAUACUCCCAAGAAUGCUUCAAAACAAGCAUUCUCGGAGAAUCUGUUGCAAUCAUUUGCGGCCCUAUGGGCAACAAAUUCUUAUUCUCAAACGAGGACAAACUGGUCACCACGUGGUGGCCGGACUCGGUAAACAAAGUCUUCCCAACCUCCCUCCAAACUAACUCCAAAGAGGAGUCUAAAAAAAUGAGAAAACUCCUCCCACAAUUUCUCAAAGCCGAUUCUUUACAAAAAUACAUUGGUAUAAUGGAUAGUAUUUCCCAAAAACAUUUCACAAAUGAAUGGGAAAAUAAAAAGAAUAUAAUUAUUUUCCCACUAGCUAAAAAAUACACAUUUUGGGUAGCAUGCCGACUUUUUCUUAGCAUUAAUGACCCAAAUCAUAUAGCUCAUUUUGCUAAUCCUUUUAAUGUUAUAGCAUCUGGGAUUAUAUCAAUUCCAAUAAAUUUUCCUGGAACCCCAUUUAAUAAGGCAAUUAAGGCAGCUAAUUUUAUAAGAAAAGAGCUUAAAUUAAUUAUCCAACAAAGGAAAAUUGAUUUAGCAGAGAAUAAAGGAAGAAAUAAUGAAGAUAUAUUGUCUUAUAUGUUGAGUGUUAGAGAUGAAAAUGGGAAGAAUAUGAAUGAAAUGGAUAUUGCUGAUAAAAUAUUAGGUUUAUUAAUUGGUGGACAUGAUACUGCUAGUGUUGUUAUUACUUUUAUUGUCAAGUAUCUUGCUGAACUUCCUCACAUAUAUGAUUUGGUCUACCAAGAGCAAAUGGAGAUUGCAAAAUCGAAAGCACCUGGAGAGUUGUUGACAUGGGAGGAUAUUCAAAAGAUGAAGUAUUCAUGGAAUGUAGCUUGUGAAGUAAUGAGGUUGAAUCCCCCAUUACAAGGUGCUUUUAGAGAAGCUAUGAGUGAAUUCAUAUAUGCUGGUUUCACCAUUCCCAAAGGCUGGAAGCUAUAUUGGAGCGCCUACUCGACACAUCGCAACCCAAAAUAUUUCCUAGAGCCCGAAAAGUUUGAUCCAACGAGGUUUGAGGGGAGCGGGCCAGCACCAUACACGUAUGUGCCAUUUGGGGGAGGACCAAGGAUGUGCCCCGGUAAAGAAUAUGCACGAUUAGAAAUACUAACAUUUAUGCACAAUAUUGUGAAGAGAUAUAGAUGGGAGAAAUUGGUUGCAAAUGAAAAAGUAGUAGUUGAUCCAUUUCCUACGCCAGCAAAAGGGCUUCCUAUCCGCCUUAUUCCACAUAAAACUACAUGAAUAGAUCGUCAAGUAAUGUUGGGGAGGGAGGGUUGCAGUAGAAUGUACUAUUUGUGCAUCAACUUUUUUUUUUUUCUUUUUGUGCUUGUUUUCUUUUUUAUUAUAUUAUGCAAUUUAGUGGGUGAAUUAAUAUAUUAAUCUAAUAUUAUGAAUUGUUGAUAUGUAGAGGAAAUAAGAGCACCAAUAAUUUUAUCAUAUGUUAUAGUAAUUUCUUAAAAUAAAA